CGCCCGUCGCCCGACACAGCGAGUCCGAUCCCGACGCCACCACCCCCGCCAGCCUUCCACAGCUCAAUUUUCGACUGAUCCUCUAAAAGGGCCCCGUCAAAGAUGUCGGUGGCCACAAAAAACCCUUUCGCCAUUCUGGAUGAUGCCGAGGAUUCUCGGCCGUCCAGCCCCGCUCCCGCAAAGACUCCCGCAGCUCCCCCUGCUCCCGCCACCCGCGGCGCACCCAAAUCAAGAGGCCCCGCCUCUCGCGGUGGCCGCUACUACCAGCGGGGUGGCAAGCCUGCCGCGGACUCGCAGCCCGCCGAUGCUCCCGCCGAAGAUGCUCCCGCCGAGGGCAAGAAGAGGUUCGACGGUGAAGGCCGUGGCCGUGGAAGGGGACGCGGACGCGGUGACCGCGGCGAUCGCGGUCGUGGCCGCGGUGGCGCACGCUUUGACAGGCACAGCGCCACUGGCAAGACCGACUCUGACAAGAAGGUUCACCAGGGCUGGGGCGGCGACGAAGGCACCACCGAGUUGAAGGCUGAACAAGCCGGCAACAACGAUGCCGCUGCCGACGCCGCUGCCGCCGAAUGGGGCGCACCUGUCGCCGAUGCCUGGGGCGCAGCUCCUGCCGUUGAAGGCGAUGCCGCUGCGGCCCCCGCCGCUGAGGGCGACAAGCCCGAAGAGGGCCGCAGGCGCGAACGCGAGCUUGAGGAGGAGGACAACACCCUCACCUACGAGCAGUAUCUCGCCCAGCAGAAGGAGGCCGCCGAUGCCGCCAUCCCCAAGCUUGAAGGUGUCAGGCAGGCUAACGAGGGUGCCGGCGAUGAUCUCUGGAAAGACGCCGUCCCCAAGGAAAAGAAGAACGAGGAGGAAGACGCCUACUUCGUUGGCAAGGCCAAGUCCGCGCCCAAGGCGCGCACCAAGAAAGAAGAAAAGGUCUUCCUCGAGAUCGAGGCGCGCUUUGAACGCCCCAGCCGUGGUGGACGCGGACGCGGCGGUGACCGCGGGCGUGGUGGCGACAGAGGCGACAGAGGCGACAGAGGCGGCCGUGGGCGCGGCGCUCGUGGCGCUAGGCCGCCCCGUGCCAAUGGCUCGACGCCCAACGUCGACGUCGACGAUGAGACGGCCUUCCCGUCCCUCUCGUAGGAACCAUUGCGGAUUACACCGCGCGAAAUAGGUCUGGGUAAAAAUAACGAAACCCAAAACCAGAUGUGAUUGUUCUGCCGUAACUCGCAGCCAUGUUCGUUGUAGUCGAUGUGUUGUAGUCGUGCCCUUCGUCUCGCCCUCUUCGUUUUUGCUCUUGAGCCGAAACUGUGCAUAUCUCACACCCCCGUCUCGGCCCCCGGUUCUCAGUGUCGUGUCUCGCACUCUUCCACUCUGUCUUCGUUUGUCUGUGUUGUGUAUUUUCCUCCUUAUUUUUUGCAGCGACGGCUGCCGCAUGUGCUGACACGAAAUCGAAGAUGUGAAGAUACUCAUU